AUGGACGGUGGAAGCUUCGGCUCCAAUGUCCCGGGCCAUCCCCCCGAUCAUGCUCGCAUUCCGGCUGGCCGGUCCGAAGGUGGCCCUGACCCAGGAAGCCUGAGCCGUCCCCGCAAGUUUGUGAUACAAAGCACGUUUGGCGUGCCCAGAGAGAGACGAAGUCGCAAGAGCCGACCGUGUGAUGCCUGUCGUCGAAGGAAGACGGCCUGCAUCAUCACCACCGAGCCUCCAUGCACCUUCUGCAAGAGCAGAGGCAUUACUUGCCAGUCGACAAUAUCCACCGAUGGGCCAGUAUCACGCCAGUACUCGCACCCUGACCACGGCACCAGCCAUCAUGGAGGAGGAGGCCCCAGUCAGGCUCAACAUGCCUCCAUCAACUCGGGACCCCUAGCGGAGCGGGAGCUAAACGGAAGUUUGGGCAGUCCAACCACCACCAAAUCAAGUCCCCCCGUCGUCACCUCGCCUUCCGCGGCAAGUGAUUACUCUCCUCGUUUCGGAAGUGAUGCCAACACAAGCUCAGCCGGCUACCCAUCCUUCGGCUUCGCCGGAGACAUGGGCAACUGCGAAAACGACGCGUGCAUUACCGGCAUGGAUAUUGUACAACCAGCCCUGAAUUCCCCAGAAUCUUCCGUCACCAGCGCAGCUCACACCCUCGAGGACAAUCCUGGGAGAGCAACCUACUUUCUGGGCGGCACAGCCGAGCAAGAUCCCUUUGUCCUCGACGCCUUCAGCUACGGCAUCUUGAGCGAGUCAUCCACCGUCGACGCCAACGUGGUUCAACUGCAUCGCGGAGGUUCCGACGUCGAUGACCUGCCUCAACACUUCCUUUUCCUGUCCAUGGGACAUCCCAAGCACACCAACCUCUCCAGGGAAGAAGCCUCGGAUGCGAUGGAGACCAAGGUCUGGCCGCACGCAGACGUAUUGGUUCGGCUCUACUUUAGGCAUGUGCAUCCCGUAUUGCCCAUCCUUUCCAAAGUUCGGUUUCUUCGCCGGUACUCGAGCAACAGAAAGUCGCUGCCUGCAUGUCUGCGCGGGGCUGUGUACGCGCUUGCUUGUGUGUUUUGGAACGAGGAUCCUGCCGCACGCAACGCCGACCCUUUUCCUUUUCACCAGCAUGAGAUUGUAGAUCAAGCCCACAGAGCGCUUCGCAGGGAGCUAGAGAAUCCGAACCUGUUCGUCGUACAAGCCUUUCUACUCCUGAUACAUGUCCAGCCACCUUCCAUAGACGCCAUGGAAGCACCGUCAACCUUUACCCUGGCGGCUCAGGCCACGGCUUGUGCACAGCUGAUUGGUCUUCACCAGGACUCCAGCGAUUGGAACCUGGAAUUCGUGGAGAAGAAGUUGCGCAAGAAGCUUUGGUGGGCAGUAUUCAUAACCGACUGCUGGGCGGCAAUCUCGCUGGGAAAUCCUCCUCAUAUCAGCGAGAGCUCCUUCAACACGGUCGUGGUCGACAUUGACGAUCUCCGCUGCGACGAGGAAGUGCCGGAGGAUCUGCGUUACCUGGUCGACCUACCAAACGCUUACUUUGACGUUUCGUCGGGAGCUCGGUUUCUAGAAUUGGUCAAGAUCACGAGACAUUUGCGAGGCGUGCUGGAUUGUAGCUUCCAAGUGAAUAUGAAGCUAUCCGAAACAUUUGGCAGAGCACAAGCCCGUGCCCAGCUUGUUGACAUUCAGGACAAGCUCAAAGACUGGCCCAGCCUGAUUCCUACGUGCUUGGUGAUUCCUCGGAACCGAGAUCCCUCCAUUGCAAGCUAUAACUGUUCACUACAUUUGUCUUUUUAUGCCACCAAGGUCCUUUUAUACAGAGCCCUGAUGCAUCCUGCCACAAAGGCGUCCAAAUCGAUGCCGGAUUCCAACCUGCGGCAAUGGUUUCCUUAUGCGCUGGCAGACUUUACGCAUUUUACGGAAUAUCUCGUCGGCAUCAGCGCUGGAGAUUUGAGAGGCUUUUGGGGUCGUCAUGCUCGUUCUCAGCUGAUACUGUGCGGCAACUUCCUGGUCUAUCUCUUCCUCAUGGCGGCCGAGAGACAACACAUUGAAGCGGCCCACAAGAUGCUGGAAGACUUCCGGCUCAAGGUGAACAGAAUGUCCUUGACGGACCAUGUGCCAACAAAGGCUCUGCUACGAGCGACAACGAUCCGCACCAACUCGUUCUUUGCCCAGGCGGCGUCUGUGAUGCGUCAUGGCCCGGAGGCUUCAAUACGGGAGCCUAUUACGGUGUGUGGGACAGACGGUCCCCUAGGCGGCGCCUCUUGA